AAAAAAAAUUCAUUAAUGUCUAUUUUUUAAACUUAAUCAAAAAAUACAAUAAUUGAAUAUUAAAACCCACUUUUAAUAGAAAAAUAAAAAUUAGUAAGUGAAUUUAAUAGAUAAUAUAUAUAAAGUAAUGGAUAUAAUACAAUAAAUUAUCCAGACCGUUCCUUUUAUAUAGGCUAAAUAUCUUAAAAUAAUAUAAGGGAGGGAAAAGGAAUACAUACAUAUUCUAAUUAAGACUUAUAUUUAGGAGAUUGGAAAAACGACCAAUAAAAUGGAAAUGGGGUUUAUAUAUUUUGUAAUGGCGAAAGAUAUGAAGGAUAAGUUUUAAAUGGAAGGAAGAAUGGUCGUGGAACUUAUUAUUAUGCUAAUGGAAACAUUUACUAAGGAAACUGGCAUAAUGAUUUGAAAGAAGGUUAUGGUGUAUAUAAUUAUAGUAUUAUAGGAGAAAAAUAUGAAGGUGAAUGGAAAAAAGGGGAAAGAGAUGGAAAAGGUAUUUAUUAUUAUUCAUAAGGUAAUAAAUACGAAGGAGGAUGGAAAAAAGGUAAAAAAUUUGGUUUUGGGAUUAUUAAUUAUAUAGACGGAAGCAAAUUCGAAGGAAACUUUUCAGAUGAUUUAGCGAAUGGAAAAGGAAUAAUGCAUUAUCCUGAUAAUAAAAAAUAUGAUGGUGAGUGGGUAAAUGGAUGUAGACAUGGCAUAGGAAUUUUAUAUCUCUAAGAUGGUGGAAAAUAUGAAGGAAAUUGGAAAAACGAUUAAUAAGAUGGAAUAGGUUUAUUUUUGAUGGGAAAUGGAGAUAGAUAUUAAGGCGAAUUUAAUGAUGGUUAAAGACACGGAAAAGGAAUUUGCUAUUAUAAAAAUGGAGAUAGAUACGAAGGAUAAUGGGAGUUUGAUCAAAUAAAUGGAUUUGGCACUUUUAACAUGGUCAAUGGAGAUAAAUAUUAAGGUAAAUGGUUAAAUGGGGAAAAACAUGGAUAAGGUUUAUAUGAAUUCUAAAAUAAAGAUUUUUAUAAUGGAUUAUGGGUUAAUGGCGAAAGAAAUGGAUAAGGUUUUUAUUAAUGGAAUAAUGGAUAAACUUAUAAUGGAGAAUGGAAAGAUGAUUAAAUUAAUGGAUAUGGAAAAAUUACUUAAGCUGAUGGAAAUUGUAUUUAAGGCUAUUUUAAAGACAACGUGGCACCUGUUUGAAUGACUAUUUUUUCUGCUAAAAAUUCUAAUAUUUUUAUGAUAAUUUAAUAACUAUUAUUUUAUUUAUUAUUUUUAGUUUCGAUGACUUUUGUUUUGUUUUUUUUAUUACUUUUAACUUUUAUUUACU